GCUCAACCCAGCAGUCAACUGCAACAGCACUCUUGCAGUGGGCUCCUCUCUCUGUGUGGCGUCAAAAUCAGCUCUGACGAGCCUUGACUGCACGGGGUGGUACCGGGUGAUGCAGGGCGACACAUGCCCCUCCAUCUGGAAUGGAGCCAACCUCACCAUGUCCAUGUUCCAAGCCAUCAACCCGGGCAUCCAGUGCCAGGCGCCCUACCUGGUGGUGGGACAGCAGGUCUGCAUCGAUGCACCCGUCCUCAUCACCAUGCAGCGAUCUCCCAAUGCCAACUACUCAAUCUACACCGUCCGUGCCAACAACACCCUCUCCACCAUCUCCUCCCAGUACCUCACCCGCUGCACAACACUCUCUGUUUCCCCCGCUGCCAUCGCCGCCCAAAACUUCAUCGCCAACGCGUCUGCACCACUCCCUGUAGGCACGAACCUCAUCAUCCCCUGUAUUGGCGGCGUCGGUAUGAUCGACGCCGGCUGUGCGACGUCUCUCACAGUGUGCGGAGCGGAUUUUAUCUCGUACCCGUCGUACUGCCACGCAGCCGUGAACUACGGCCUUUCCCUAUUCCAGAAUGGCCCGUGUGACAAGUGUGGGGCGGCAUGUGUUGGCCGCAUGGGGUUGGCCCCCGCUGGCGGGUUCGGCUGCACGCAAGCCAUCUGCCCGUAUCCAACCUGGACGUUAAGGCUCCCUGUAUGGCUGCCUGUGGGGGCGGCCGCCUCUGCUUUGAUUGCUGCUUGCCUGGCUCUUGGAAUAUGUGUGCAUGGGGUGACGGUGUGCAUGGGGUGA